GCGCCCGUGAGCAGCGUUUAGCUGGUGGGUUAGGUUGUGCCCGGGCAGGUAAGAGAGACCUGAGAACUGGGAAUUGCAGACUUUGGGUUGGGAGGACGUAGUCGCCGCUGUCGCCUCUCAGGAUAAAGGAGCAGCUGUGAUAUUGGUAACAAGAGGGGAACCAGAAAGGUUGUGAGGUUCGAAAAAUGAACAAACUUCGUCAAAGUUUCAGGCGAAAGAAAGAUGUGUAUGUCCCGGAGGCCAGCCGACCCCACCAGUGGCAAACAGAUGAGGAGUCGGUGCGGACUGGGAAAUGUAGCUUUCAGGUUAAGUACCUGGGACACGUGGAGGUGGACGAAUCUCGAGGAAUGCACAUCUGUGAAGAUGCAGUAAAAAGACUAAAAUCUGAAAGGAAAUUCUUCAAAGGCUUCUUUGCAAAAACUGGCAAGAAAGCAAUCAAGGCGGUCCUGUGGGUUUCAGCAGAUGGACUUAGAGUUGUGGACGAGAAAACAAAGGAUCUUCUGGUAGACCAAACCAUAGAAAAAGUGUCCUUCUGUGCUCCAGACAGAAACUUUGACCGGGCAUUCUCUUACAUAUGUCGUGAUGGAACAACAAGGAGAUGGAUCUGUCAUUGCUUUAUGGCUGUUAAGGACACGGGAGAGCGACUGAGCCAUGCUGUUGGAUGUGCCUUUGCCGCCUGCCUAGAGAGAAAGCAGAAGCGCGAAAAGGAAUGCGGAGUCACUGCCACCUUUGAUGCCAGCAGAACGACUUUUACCAGGGAGGGCUCAUUUAGAGUAACCACUGCUACAGAACAGGCCGAGAGGGAGGAAGUUAUGAAGCAGAUACAAGAUUCCAAGAAAGCAGGUGAUUCUGAACCAAAACCUCCAUUACCAACUACCACUGCUCCAGCCACAGUCACUUUGACAACUGUCCCAGCCCUGCCAUCCCCACCCACUUCUGAGCUCCAUGUGGUCCAUGAAAGCAUAGAUGGAAGCAACCCUCACAUGAUCCCACGUAGACAUGCCCCUGUGGAACAGCUGGCAAGACAAGGCUCUUUCAGGGGAUUUCCUGUACUCAGCCAAAAGAUGUCUCCUUUUAAACGGCAGCUUUCUCUAAGAAUUAAUGAGCUACCAUCCACUGUGCAGCGGAAGUCUGACUUCCAAAUUACAAACCCAGUUCCUGAGAUAGAGGGAGAAACAGACAGCAUCAGCGCCUUAUGCUCCCAGAUUACCAACACUUUCAGUAUGCCACCUGAAGACCCCUUCAUGUCAGCACCUAUGACUAAGCCCACCACACCACAGUCCCCAACAUUUGAAGUGAAUGGCACUGCCUCUGCAUUCACACUUCCCGCUGCUAAGCCUGCACAAGUCUCUGUGGCUCCUGCAGCAGCACCUGUGCGUGAGACCAAUCCAUGGGCAAAUGCUCCUACAGUAUCUGCCCAACAAGUUGCUAGCACCGGAGCACCGCCUGUGGCCACUAUUGUUGGGCCUGAGUUUGUAUCCACACAUACAGUUGUCCAGCCCAGUCACAAACGGACUUCCUCAGAAGCAGACCGUUGGCUUGAAGAGGUGUCCAAAACUGUUAAAGCUCAGCAAAGACAAUCCCCUGUUCCUGCUCCAGUCAUUCAGGCACCGCCUCUGUUGCAGCCUGUUGUCACUGCUGCUGCUCCAAAUCCUACUCGCCCUUACCCAACAAACACUUUCAUAGCUCCACCACCUGUGUCAGUUGCCAUAGUCCCGACUAUACCACCUACAUUCAUGCCUGUGCAGCAACCUUACCCAGUAACUAAUGGAAUGAGCUACACCGUUCCUAGCGUCCCAGUUGUUGGCAUUACACCUUCACAGAUGGUUGCUAAUGUAUUUGGAGCUGCAGGUCACCCACAAGUCUAUCAACCAAAGCCGUCACCGGGUCUGGUCAAGCAACAGACUUUCUCAACCUAUGAGACGAAUAGCACCAGUAGCAGUCCAUUCUUCAAACCGCCUCCCCAGCAGCAAAAUGGUUCGGUGGCAUUUAAUGGAUUAGACAGCAGUGGUUGGGAUUUGGAUGCCAAGCACCAACAAGGGCAGGCUUCAUCUGCCGCCAUAGACCCUUUUGAAGCCCAGUGGGCUGCUUUAGAAAGCAAAUCUAAAGCUCGAGGUAACCCUUCCCCAACUAACCCCUUCUCCAGUGACCUCCAGAAGACGUUUGAGAUAGAACUUUAAAGCGGCAAUGGACAUGGGUCUUACAGAGUGGGGACUGAUAAAAUAUUUCUCAUAAAAUCUCUAUUACUUUAGAAACGGACCAACGAGGGGCAUGGAAGUUGCAAUGUUCACCAAAAACAGAAAAAAAACGCAAACCUAUAUUAUAUGAAACCAGUGUUCUUCAAAUCUUUCAUAGGCUUCCCUCGCAAAUCAGAGAAGAUUCUGUACUGUAGUCAUGGGGCUGAAGAUGAAAAGGUGGACUUUUUUUCAUUUAAAUUAAAAACCAACAAAAUCUGACUACAUACCGGAGAUAUGACUCUCUGCAAAGCAAUGUCCUAGUGCCUGAGCUUCCAAAUGAAUAUAAGAAGAAAAUAUCUAUGUAAAUAUGCAGAUCUAGGUAUUAUAUGGCGGACCUUAUGAACCCAGGGCUGCCAGGUGCAUGGCGGCCGCAGUGCACUUCACAGCACUGAAGUGCAACCACCUACUGGCAGCCCAGGGAAUAAAGCCAAAAUCUUUAUUUUUAUGCAGAUAUUUUAAAUAGUUUUGGGUUAAUUAAUGGUUGUAUAGGUUUGUAAGUAAUCUUGCCAAAGGUUAAAAUGAAAGGAGGGUUCAGUUGCUAGUAAUGUACAUAAGAAUUGAUUCAGCUGCUAAUUCUAAAGUAAAAAAUAAAACUGGACAACCUGUGGUUUUAUCUUCACGCCGGACGUCACCUUCAGAUAUAAGUAGCUAUCGCUUCAACAUUCACAAAGUGGGAAAUAUCUCUAUUGUACUUUUAAAUAAAAAAAAAUAAAGAACAGUAUAUGUGUGGUGUAAAAGCCAUUGCAGAAAGCCUGUCUCUUCUAUUUUUAUUUUUAAUUUUUUUCUUCCACGAUUCAAUAUUGCUAUAUAUAUAUAUAUAUAUAUAUAUAUAUAUAUAUAUAUAUAUAUAUAUAGUUCUUUCCUUUGACAGCUGUUCUUUGUUUUAUUUGUAUGUUUUAUAUAUUUUAUAUAUUAAUAUAUAUUUUCUCGUAUAUAUUAAUAUAUGCAGUUUAGAGUUUUAAUACCACUAUUAUGCACAGUAUAUCUGUUAUACAGCCUUUUUUUUUUUUUUAUGUUCUUUGACUUUAGUCACCAUUUCCGCGUUCCUCUUUUUUGUUCAUCGCUUCUUGUAUACCUCAAUUCACAGAGAUUCGUUUUUACCAUACAUAUAUGUAUAUUUGUACCAAUUUUCUUUAACAGAAUAAACAUUGGUGGUGGAAAUCA